AUGUGUGAGAGUUGAUUGAGGUGAAAUGCUAAAAGGAGGAAUUAUCGAGAAGUCUGGUCUGGCGCAGAGCUAAAGAGCGGGCUUUAUUCCUCUGGCCGGCGAUCUCGGUCGCAAAUGAUGAAGUUGCCCGCCUUGUGGCGAAUCAGGGGGCUCCCACCGCUGAUGAUUUCAUUGCCUCGGAGAUGGCUUUUGACACUGUACCCUUGGGGCACCUGGCAGUUGGUGGCGCCCUGGGCGAGAGCUGGUCAUGCCUGGAGGGCUGAUGGUAGUACUGUAUUUGUACCGUACUCGAUCCUACCUACCUACUACCUCCUACCUUGUAUGUACCUACACUAGGUAGGUAGGUGCCUAGGAACAUGUGGGUAGGUAGGUACUAUUGUAAGUACAUAGUACCGUAGUGCUGAACUCAAGUACCUAAGCC